AUGGCCUCGCAGGCUGAACCGUCCCGGGUUCACCCCCGUCGUCGUCAAAUGACCACUGCCCCUCCUUCGCUCGCAUCCUCUUCGCGUAUCGUCCCAGAUGGAUCCUCUCGACCCAACUUGUCUCUGAGAAAGGGUGAAACCUUCCACUCCCCCACCACUCCGCCAUCUGGGGAUCGUGAUCCGGUCGUGGCUUUUCGCACCCUGCCUACUCGGUCUCCUACUUGCCCCAAGUCUUUAGAAGCCAUCGUUGCGGGAGAGGAACGCAUGUCUGAUAUCCUGAACCGUAUUGACCUCAAUUCCACCGACAGUUCCAACGCCAUGGCUCAACCGCAAGACGACAUGCCAGUUCCCCGAAGCUUCCUCCAGAGACAAACCCAAUCCAAUGCCCUCGUGAGAAAGGCCGACAAACAUCCCAUGAUGCACGCUCCGCAGUGCUUCUCUCCACCCGACUCUCCGGCCAAGGCCCAUCAUGAUCACGCUUCCGACAGCGGAUUGGGCAGUUCUAUUAGCAGCAGCGAAGGCAUGAUGUCUGAGAAGGGUAAAGUGGCAGCAGGACAGUUGUCGGUCCAGGGCUUUGAAUCCAGCGCCCUGACCACUCAGUCCGCCAUCACUAGCUCGAUCUCUGCAUUGCAAUCCAACGUAUCGGGUAAACACUCGCUGUCUCCCCUUGCUCGCAAGCAGAUCGAAGCUUUGGUUAUGAUUCCCAUUCUCAGGGAAGAGAGCUUAAAGCCGUUCCAUCCCCUUGUGCGGAGCAUUCCUCAGCUGGUUGACAAUAAAGAAAUCUCUUGUCUGCGUGAUAUUGAAAAGACCCUUUUGUGGUUGGCUCCACAACGUGCGACUUCCGGGGCGUCCUAUUUGCGUUUCUGCGACUUCACGAUCCAGUGCCUCCAUACGUCACUAUAUCAUAUCAACGAACUGGACCAGCGACUGCCGUCGGACAGGCCUUACACUAACGGCUAUUUCCUUGAUCUCGUCGAACAGGUCCGCCGACAUGCUGCGAUGAUCAAUGAAUCUAGGAACAAGAACCGGGCAGCUGCAAAGUCCCGCCUUGCCUUGGAGGGUGGCAUGGCCAAGACUGGACGUCCAGCUGAGCUCGUCGCCUACAAGGAUGGCCAGGCCAUUUCCAUGAAAACCGGAGAGACAUACAACGGGUCUGUUCUCAAGCGGAACUUGAGCGUCAGCUCGGCUGAUGAGGGUGCCGUGCGCUCCAUGGCUCGCCGUAAGAAGAACGCUCCUCCGAUGGACAUCAAUCAGAAGUGUGCAAACUGUGAGAAGGUCUUUAAGAGACCAUGCGAUUUGACUAAACACGAGAAGACGCACACCCGUCCUUGGAAGUGCUCCGACAAGACUUGCAAGUACUUCGAGAUUGGAUGGCCCACCGAAAAGGAAAGGGACCGCCACAUCAAUGACAAGCAUUCCAAGUCCCCAUGUGUCUACCGCUGUCUCUUCAAACCAUGUCCCUACCAGUCUAAGCGGGAGAGCAAUUGCAAACAACAUAUGGAGAAAACCCACGGAUGGGCUUACGUCCGAUCCAAGCACAACGGCAAAGGUCUUCCAAAGACGACUUUGGCAACGCCUCAGUCAUCCAGCAUGGCAACUCCGGCCUCUGCAUCGGCUACGCUCUCGACUCCAGCCACGGGAUCAAUUCAGUCACCCUACGAACCUGCCACUGGACCGGCUUACUCGAACCCUCAAUUUUCGUUUGCAAAUCCCCCGGCGCAAACUGGAGCCGGAGACUUCCAGCUUUUCCCGGAAGCCAGUCCAUACCAGGGCUCCUCGUCCUCCGCCAGUGCGUAUACUGGUGGUGCCAGUGACUUUGAUUCGUUUCCGACCAGUACGACGGGGCUUGACGCAUUCCAAUCUCAACUUGAAAAUGCCGACCCCAACGGUUUGAUUCCGCCGGACAUGACGAACAUGCCGCUCGAUGUAGCGAUCCCCGACUUCACAGGCGCCGCAAUGGGCUUUGGAGGAUCCCCGAUGACUUCGACCGACAGCAGUAGCCUCGACUUGGAAUGGAGCAAUCUGGGCGCGCAGAACUUUAACAACGAAUUUGCCGCGACGAACAUGCAGAUGAUGACGCCGCAACAGGUUGGUGGUAAUGCCAUGCAGUCAUACUCCGAGGACCCGUGCAUGGCAGAUCCUUUGGCCUACACCCAGUUCAGCCAGCAAUUUGAUGAGGGGUUUGCCGACCUGUGUGACCAGAACUACCAAACCAGCAAGUUUGAAAACGACUUCCCGCUCUUUCAAAAUCCCACUUAUCCCAGCGAACCCAUGAACAACGCCCUUGCGGGAAUGGGCGAUCCGAAUGCGAUGUUCCCUGCCCAGCAGCAAGAGCAGACGGGGUACUACCACCAAGCAUGGCCCGCUGAGGUGGAAAUCAACAUCUAUUAA